UAGAAGAGGUGAGCCAUCUUCCCCCGGCAGACAGGUUGAUACACUUUGAUAACGCUUUGACGAGUGGGAUAAGGGAAAAUCAUCCGGAUAUCCCGGUGUCAUUUGAAGGCAUAGAGGAUUUUAAGACGGACAACUGGUGACAGUUGCGAAGGGAGCUAUGUAAAGGACUCGUUUGAAUUUCUUCAUCAGAUCUGACUGAGGAAUAUGCCAGCUUUUACGUCAGACAGAGCCUCUAAUAUCAGCACAAAGAACGGGGAAAAAAUGCUAAGAGCGUGGAUUUAGAUCAUAAUAUGAAACAAGCGUAACCUAGAUAUAUGCCUAAGUCCGGAAGAUAUGCGAUGUAAGAAAGUAUGUAGUCCUUAAUGUGCGGAAGGUGUACAACAUCAGCAGUAAAUGUAAACAAACAGCUAUUCAAGCUAGUUGAACUUAGCCGACUGGAGGUUAGCUUUCUAAUGCUAGUACAUAUAGCUAACAUAAGGUAGCACAGCGAAGGUAAAUCGAGCAAAAUAAGCCUGUAGUCGGAAAUAUAAACGAUAUUUAAUCGUAGUUUAACUGUCUACAGCGCAUGACAUGUUUAUAGUAUCCAAGUAGGCAUUUGUUAGCCUAUUUGCUAACGUUAGCUAAUUCUUAUUUCCAUUGCAGAUGAAAAUGACAUUAAAACUAGCUCAUUAAACGAGGAACAGAGAAGACACUUUGCAAUAUUAACACCACAGGUGUUUGACAUCUUCUUUCUUGUGAGAAAGACUCUUUCGGGAUCGUUAUGAUGCAGCAGUAGUUAAUGUUGAUACCCAGUGUGAGUUGAGCUAAAUGCCUGAAAAGAGUAGGACGUCUGGAUGAACGAAACCGCUUCGAGACUUCACGAGGCUUUACAUGUACACCAACAAGCGUUUUUUUAACCUCUGUUUUCUAUUCUUAUUCGUGGCUCUAUGAUGAGAGAGUUUUUCAUUUUCUACUUUUGACAGGAACGUUGCUUUGUGAGUUUGAGUCGUUGGGCACCUCAGAGGCAAAGUUGCCGUCAAAGACGUUUAACUAUUCAGAGUUUUUGGCUUUGACUCCAAGUGUGGAAGGAAGCUUCACCUCUGCGCAGUGGCUUAUGCCGACUUAAAUCACAAAUAGCUUCGUAGACAAAUACUAAUUGUAGUUGUGCUGUAUAUAUUUUUUGCAGACUAUUCAAAGCAUUGUUUAAAAAAAUUGUAUGUGUUUGAGGCGAUAAGCCUCGGCAGUGAUUUGGUUGUUAGUGGUCUCCCCUCCCCCAGUGUUCAGACUGACUCUGUUGGAGCUGUGGGCACUGUUUGUCGGGCUUCCCCUUGUUUUUUAGACGGCAGAAAGGCCGUAGACUCAAAUCGCUGUCCCGGGACUCCUAACCUCGUUAAGAGUGGAUGUAAUGGAACUGAUGUUCGCCGAGUGGGAGGAUGGGGAGAGGUUCUCCUUUGAAGACUCGGACCGAUUCGAAGAAGACUCUCUCUGCUCCUUCAUCUCGGAGGCCGAGAGCCUCUGUCAGAACUGGAGGGGAUGGAGGAAGCAGUCUGCUGGACCCAACUCCCCCACUGUCAAGAUUAAAGGUCGGAGAGGGACACACACACACACACACACAAUAUUAUAUUCCUGCCUUGCUAAUGGGAGUCCAGAUGAAUUCCAGCGUGGAGAACAACUCUAUAGGAUCAGAGCUGUCAAAGACCCUUUGCAAAUUGGCUUUCAUCUCAGUGCUACAGUAGUCUCCACUCAGUCCAGUCAGUCUAAAGGAGCCUACAACGUGGCGGUCAUGUUUGAUCGCUGUCGCAUCACCUCCUGCAGCUGUACCUGUGGGGCAGGAGCCAAGUGGUGUGCCCAUGUGGUGGCACUCUGUCUCUUCAGGAUCCACAAUGUAAGUUUUUAAACUUAAAGAAGUCCAGACGCUUUUCUUUCCAAGCUCCUUCGACCAUUCUUGGAGAAAUGAAAGCGUUUCUAUAAAAUCACUACUGUUCCACAUGCAUGGGGAACUCUGAUGCCUUUUGAUUGUUAAAGGAAAAGCAAAGCCUUCUGUAGUUUAUUGUGUAGAGCAGAUGUUUUUUCUUAAGGUUAAAUUAUUUCUGCACAAUUAAUUUUUGUAGAUCCAACAGCAGGCCCUUCGGCAUCGGACCAGAGCACCUGGUAUCUGGAUGAGUCAACCCUCAGUGACAACAUCAAAAAGACUCUACACAAGUUCUGUGGGCCUUCACCUGUUGUUUUCAGUGAUGUAAACUCCAUGUACCUGUCAUCCACCGAGCCACCGGCAGCUGCUGAAUGGGCCUGUCUGUUGCGACCUCUGAGGGGUAGAGAGCCAGAAGGCAUCUGGAACCUUCUGUCCAUUGUCAGGGAGAUGUUUAAGAGGCGAGACAGCAAUGCUGCCCCGCUGCUGGAGAUUCUCACUGAACAGUGCCUCACCUACGAACAGAUCAUCAGCUGGUGGUAUAGCGUUCGCACAUCAGCGUCACACAGCAGUGCGAGUGGUCACACUGGCCGGAGCAACGGACAGUCAGAAGUAGCCGCUCACGCCUGUGCAAGCAUGUGCGACGAGAUGGUGGUUCUUUGGAGGCUGGCGGUGCUCGACCCCACUAUGAGCCCCUGCAGUGCAGAGCCUGCUCCACCUUGUUUCCCUUUGAAAGAGAAUGGAGUGAUAGUUGUGGGCGUGCCCAGCACAGCGGAAAAGGAAGCCGAGGUGGAGCCAGCACUUAACAGAGAUGAAGAUGUAGAUUCAGCUGGUAGUAACCAGCCUUUAAUUUCAGCAGCUACAGUGAAUUCAGGCACCCCUCAAACAUCUGCUAAGCCAGUGCUAGGCUGCAAAGAGCUGGUGUCUGCUGCAGCAGUAGCAGGAAGUGGAGCAGUAGUGGUAGGUGGAGCAGCUCCUGAAGGAGCUGAAGCUGUACGUGCAGCUGCUGAAGGAGAAGCUGUGGGUGAAGAUGACUACCAGGCAUACUAUCUGAGUGCUGCUUCAGAAGAGGGUGUAGACAGACAGCUAGCUGACAACCAUCAGGAGGAGGAGCCAGACAUCUUUGCAGGGAUCAAACCACUGGAGCAGGAGGGACGCAUGGAGUACAGGAGAUUGACUGAAUUUAUGUCCCUUUCACUUUUCUCCAUACUGUUUUGUGCAGUUGUGUCUCCAACGGGUUCCCGUCCACCGAGCCGCAACCGCAACAAUGAGAUGCCUGGAGAUGAGGAGCUGGGUUUUGAGGCUGCUGUUGCUGCACUUGGCAUGAAAACCACAGUCAGCGAGGCAGAGCAUCCUCUGCUAUGUGAAGGAACUCGACGAGUGAAGGGUGACCUGGCCCUCGCUCUCAUGAUCACCUAUAAGGACGACCAGAGCAAGCUCAAGAAGAUAUUGGAUAAGCUAUUGGACAGAGAGAGUCAGACCCACAAGCCCCAAACUCUAAGCUCCUUCUACUCAAGCAAGCCAGCAGCUGGCAGUCAGCGUAGUCCAUCCAAACAUACAUCCUCCAGCCACAGUGGGGUGGGUGGGGCCACAGGAGUGGUCUCCAAACAUGCUACGUCAUCUUCCUCAGCAUCUACUUUGGUGGCUUCAUCCUCGAGCUCUUCCUCUGCUCUGACAAUUGGCGGAGAGGGGGUGGCUCCUCAGGCUGAUCUGAACCCGGUGCCAAAUAACACAGCAGGGGAGAGUGCCGCUGAGACCAGGGAGCAUGAUGGGCCUUCAUCUUCAAGUGACCAGCAGAAUGACAUCACUUCGUUUAAGGAGGCCACAGUGCCCAGUCGGUUGGCACUGGGAGCACGCUGUGGAUAUAGCCAACGCUGCUGGGGCUCACCUGUACGGCAGAAGAAAAAACACACUGGUAUGGCGAGUAUUGAUAGCAGUGCUCCAGAGACCACCUCAGACAGUUCUCCUACUCUCAGCCGGCGGCCAAUGCGGAGCGGCUGGGCAGCAGCAUCUUGGGGGCGGGGUCAGGACAGUGACAGCAUCAGUAGUUCAUCAUCUGAUUCUUUAGGCUCCUCCUCCUCCAGUGGCUCUCGCAGAGCAGGAGGUGGGGCCAGAGCCAAGAGCACGGACACAAGCAGGUACAAAGGACGACGUCCUGAGUGUCACGCCCCCCAUGUCCCCAAUCAGCCCUCAGAAGCAGCAGCUCACUUUUACUUUGAACUGGCUAAGACUGUGCUGAUCAAAGCUGGAGGAAACUCCUCCACCUCCAUUUUCACUCAGCCCUCAGCCAGUGGGGGGCACCAAGGUCCACAUAGAAACCUGCACCUAUGUGCCUUUGAGAUCGGCCUGUAUGCUCUUGGCCUCCACAAUUUCGUUUCACCUAACUGGUUGUCCAGGACCUAUUCCUCCCACGUGUCCUGGAUCACGGGCCAAGCCAUGGAAAUCGGCAGUGCUGCCCUCAACAUCUUGGUGGAAUGUUGGGACGGUCACCUGACCCCUCCAGAGGUGGCAUCCCUCGCGGACCGAGCAUCGCGAGCAAGGGACCCCAACAUGGUUCGGGCAGCAGCAGAGCUGGCCUUGAGCUGCUUGCCUCAUGCUCAUGCCCUCAAUCCUAAUGAGAUCCAAAGAGCUUUGGUGCAGUGUAAAGAGCAGGAUAAUGUCAUGCUGGAGAAGGCCUGCAUGGCAGUAGAGGAAGCAGCUAAGGGUGGAGGUGUCUACCCCGAGGUUCUGUUUGAGGUGGCUCACCAGUGGUACUGGUUGUAUGAGCAGUCAGUAGGUGGAGGAUCGAGCCAACAACGGGAAACAUCCGGCCGAUGUGGGGCAAACGGCGGUUCGGGCAGGAGGCCCCCAGAGUCCAACUGUGGUGUGGUUCUUGACAGUGGAGCCAACAUGGAGUCUCCAGGCGUAGCAACAGUCACAGCUUCCGUCACUGCGGCCGCUGUCGUGCCAGUUAUCUCUGUAGGGUCCACCAUUUACCAAUCCCACGCUAUGCCUGGCCAGGCUAUGGCUCACCCCCACACCCCGGGCCUCCACCCAUACACCACUAUCCAGGCCCAUCUCCCCACCGUCUGCACGCCCCAAUACCUAGGGCACCCUCUGCAGCAUGUCCCCCGGCCCACCGUCUUCCCUGUGUCUGGGGCUGCAUAUCCACAGGGAAUGCACCCAGCAUUCAUUGGUGCCCAGUAUCCAUUCUCAGUGGCCACUGGCCCCCAGCCAUCAAUGGCAGCCACGGCUGUCACCUUCCCUGGUGUUCCUGUACCGUCCAUGACUCAAAUUGCUGUCCACCCCUACCACACCGAGGCUGGUCUGCCACUCAGCACCACUGUAGCAGUUGGUGGUGUUCACCCUGGCCCCACCAUCCAGGCCAUCCAGGGAGCAUCUCUGCCCUCUCUGUCCUCUCAGCCUGGCUCCUUGGUCAGCAGUCCUUUCCCAGCAGAAGAUGAGCAGCACAGCCAGCCCAUUAGCCAACAAGGCCUGCACUACUUGCAUUCUGCUUAUAGAGUUGGCAUGUUGGCAUUAGAGAUGUUGGGCAGAAGGGCUCACAAUGACCAUCCCAACAACUUCUCCAGGAGCCCUCCUUAUACUGAGGACGUCAAAUGGUUGCUGGGACUUGCUGCCAGGCUAGGAGUCAACUACGUGUACCAGUUCUGUGUUGGAGCAGCAAAAGGCGUCCUCAGUCCGUUUGUCCUGCAGGAGUUAAUCAUGGAGGCCUUGCAAAGGCUGAACCCCGCCCACAUCCAUGCCCAUCUUCGAACACCUGCUUUCCAACAGCUUGUCCAGCGCUGCCAGCAAGCCUAUCUGCAGCAUAUUCACCACCGGCUCAUCCACCUGACACCUGCUGACUACGAUGACUUUGUCAACAUGAUCCGCAGCGCACGAGGUGCUUUCUGUCUGACUCCUGUGGGUAUGAUGCAGUUUAACGAUGUGCUGCAGAACCUGAAAAGGGGCAAACAGACCAAGGAACUAUGGCAGCGUAUAUCCCUGGAGAUGGCAACCUUCUCUCCGUGAGCAGCACACUCGGGGAGACUAAAUCUGCUCAGCGUCAGCCUGGGCCAAGAAGUCCCAUCCAGCCUCCAGCAUAGCUACUGCCACUGCACUGAGCUGACCACACUUACGUGUGAUUUUGUUAGGGCCAUCGCUCCCUGCUCCGAGGACUCAGUGAAGCGCACAUAGGCAGUGCAAUCGACUCCCAUUCCCCAAUUCACAGACUUACUUUUGUUUUUUGUGUUUGUCCACCAGAGCGUUGUGAAGAAGCCUGGUCACUUACCUGCUCUUCCUGGCUGAUCUUUUAUCAUUGUUUAUCGUUAUGUAAAUGUGGAAUUCCAGUGUACUCCUUCCUUUCUUCAUUUCUCCUCAACUUAAGACUGACAGGGAUCUCUCCCCCUCAUCCUCACUUCAUUUUCACUGUUUUGUAUUCUGUUUUUAGUUUUGUUUUAAAGGAAACCACUGCGUGAGUUAUUUUUAUGCUGCAACAUUCCUGUGUAGUGGUAGAUGCUUCACUCACCAGAGUCUUGUCACCAUGGAUAUGAAUCAUUACAGUGUGGGACAAAACAAUGAUUUGUGAGAAGAAAAAAAAAGUUUAAUAUGAAGCAUUUUAUUGUCCCUAUUGGUGAGGAUUUUUCAGUAUUUUGUUUAAUCUUUUUUUGAUACUUUGUAAUAGGCUAUGACACGUAAGCAAAUAGGAAUGGGACGAGAGCGAGGGGAUGCUGAAGGUGCUUUUUCUGUUGUGUGGGAUACAUUUGUACAUUUUAGCCUGCCUGAGAAGUGACAUGAACAGCUCCAGACCAAAACCAGAGGCCACCUCACCACUGCUUAGGCAAGCAAUGUCUGCAAGGCCUUCUCGAGCUACACUGUCCAACAGUCAAAACACCUUAUCAGUCCCAUUUGGGCUAAGUUGUUUGUUUGUUUUCCAAUAUGGAAUCCCCAGAUUUCCAGCAGCUGUCAGAACAUUUAAUAGAUCUUUUAUAUAAAUAUAAAAAUGCUUUAAAGCAAACUAGAUUUGCUUAAUCUAAUUUACAAUGCUGUCUAAACAGACUCCUGACUAAAACGUAAUAAAAAGAAUUUAGAAUAGCAUGACCAUAAAUAUUAAAAUCACACAUCCAGCCCUUCUUCACCGCAUCUAAAGCACUGACUAGUUUAAAUGCACAGAAUACAACAGUGUGGAUGGAGAUGGCAGACCUAUUGGAAGCAGCAUUGUCCAUUUGACUGACCCACAUCCUUUGUCGUCCAAAGUUUUCCAUAUUGUAAAAGCCAAACAUACCGUGUAAACACUCCUUUAUAAGCCUUUCGUUUGUCCAGUGAUGGAGUGCAUUUGCCUUGUUCUGAUGCACCAAACAGAACUAAAACCACUGUUUGGAUGAUUGAAGUGUAAAAGAAAAACCUUCUGGCCACACUCAGAAAAACCCAAAUAAGCCACACAAAACUGAAAUGUCUGCUUUAUUAUUCCUGUGCCUGUUUUUGAAGGCUAGGAAUUUGGUUCAGCAAAUGUACAUUUUUAGUGGACAAGUAACAGACAUCGCUGUCUCACCUUCCAACCACAUUUGUUUUCUCUGCAGAUUACACUGACAUCUAUUACAGUGUAAUCAGUACCAGUCACCAUAUCAGCUUAGCGUUUUAGGUUGUCCGAGGUCCUGAAUUAUAUGCUGCUCAUGCUUGGUAUACACUGUCACACAUGUACAGUGUAGCUAAUCAUCUAAAACCCAAAUGUUCUGAGACUAUUACUUUGGCACCACGUUCUCUUAAUCAGACAUGGCUUUGGUUUUGCUCUGGAAAGUGCUAUCUUCUUUGUUUUCAGUUUUCUGGUCCACUUAAGCCCCAACACUCUUCAAGACAGUUACCAGACACAUAUGACACAGUGUGUUUGAGUGGCCCUCUUCUUCGAUGUGGUUAGCUCAUAGCCCAUGGUGCUGUUACUUCAAGACAUGUUGACACAGUCCAGGCAGCUGCUGUGGUUCUGAAACUGGCUCAUUGGUUCUGGACCUCACAGGUGAAGGUGACGUAGUAGAAAAUGUACUGUGAUAUUUUUGUAUUUCUCAAAAGUGUAGUUCGAUUGAAAAGUUGUAUAUGUGCUGAUUGCAAAAGGUUCUAAUUGAGAGUGCAAAGACAAAAAAAUAAAAGCAAUAGUAAAAGUGUAGAGUUUACUUUAAUAAAGAUCAUUGAAAACACUAAA